AGUUGCGCACAAUCACAUUUCAGAACUCAAUUUCUGUAGCCGUUGGGAAAUCGAAGAAGAGGAGGGGAAAGGAGAGGAUAAUCUUCCGAGGAUAAGCGAGAAAUUUUUCACUGAAUUGAAGGAGAACGUCUGUCAACAAAAAUUUCUGGAGUUUUCGCUAUUAAAUCCUGCAGCUUUUCUGAGUAAUUUCCAAGUUUCUGUGAAAGAAGCACGCAUGGCAACCCCGGCUCAUCGCCUGAUCCAAGAUCAGAACUUGAAUUUACUCUACGAUGGCGCUACUCCUGUGGGAAAGCCUACUGUAAUCAAAACGGGUAGGAAAGGAGGACCUACGGGAAGGAAGGCUCUGAAUGACAUAUCAAACUCAAGAAAGCCUUCUGAAAUUCAGUCAAAGAAGAAAGACAAUUCCGCGAAUAUAAUAUCUAUCGAGACGGAUUCCAGUGAUGCUAAAGCAAGAUUACCGAAGGUGGUAAAUGAGAAAGGAAAAGUUGCAGGUAGGAAAGCACUCACUGACGUCACAAACUCAGUUAAGCCACUGGCACAGUCAAGGGCUGGCCAAAAGUUGAACGCUGUUGCAGAAGACAAAGCACGUAGUUCUCUGGUGGAGACGUUUCUUCACAAUCAUCAAGAAUGCAUCAAAGCUCGGAUGAAAUCUGUUGACAUGGACUGCUUUCUGAAGUCAGUAGGACUAAAUAAUGAUAUGCCAGUGCUGCUAUCCGCUAAGGGGGGACUUCAGUCAUCAGCAAAGAAGGUGGAGCGUAAUAUGAAGCAUUUGGAAAUGGAAGAGAUUCCGGAGCAGCUCUUGGAAUCCAAGCUCUCGGGCUACCAUUCACCUGCCUUUCGAUCUCCUCGAUCACCAAAGCCACCAUACGUUAACUGGGACCAUGGCAAUUUUUCUGAUCUGAUAAUGAUUGAGACACCUAAACUAUUGUACCCUUGAAGUUCCUACGAUCUCGUGAUUGUGAUAAUUAGAAGCUCAAGAUUAUCUGAUGAUAAUCUCCUAGGACGAAGAUUUGUUGGUAAUCUGUCAACUAAAUUGCCGUAUGUUUGUAAUCCGUAAGCAGUGGUCUCAUGAUUCCUGCAAAAACAGGGUUAUGUAAUCUGAUGAUUCUCUAUUUAAUCUGGUAUCUAGAAAUGAUAUGUCUCAAGAAAUCAAUAGAUUUUAGACAGUUUAAGGGAAGGUCAACAAGAACUACUCAAACUCAUCUCUAUCAUUUUGGGCGUAAUCAGCCCAAAUCUCUACUGGAAGGAAAUGUAUGUAAUGCUUUUGUUCUUUAGAU